GUCGGGGGCAAAAUGGCGGCGGCGGCGGGGGCCGCCUUGCUGGGCAAGGGGCUGGACAUCAGCCUGGCGGCGCUGCAGCAGCACGACCCCUACAUCAGCAGCAUCGUGGACGUGGCCAGCCAGGUGGCGCUCUACACCUUCGGGCACCGCGCUAACGAGUGGGAGAAGACUGACGUGGAAGGAACGCUGUUUGUUUACACAAGGUCAGCUUCUCCCAGGCAUGGCUUCACCAUUAUGAACAGGCUGAGCAUGGAAAACCGAACAGAGCCCAUCACUAAAGACUUAGAUUUCCAGCUCCAGGACCCUUUUCUUCUUUACAGAAAUGCCAGAUUGUCCAUUUAUGGGAUUUGGUUUUAUGAUAAGGAAGAAUGCCAAAGAAUUGCAGAGCUCAUGAAAAACCUAACUCAGCGGGAACAAUUUAAGGCACAGCAAGGAACUGGAGCUGGUAUCUCCCCAAUGUUCCUUAACUCGGGCAAUAGCAAAGAAGUGGAUAUCUUACGGAUGCUUACUAAGGCCAAGGAUGAAUAUACCAAGGUUGUUGCCAGCUUUUAUCUUGAGCCUUACGGGGCUACCGUCCUGAAAUCAGUUGGAAGUUUUGCUUCCUUCCCUUCUUCAUCCCCUAUGUUUGGGGAGGAUAACAAAAGCUUUAUGAGCCACAAGUGUAAGACCUGUUCAGAGCCCAAACAAAUAACCAGUUCCUCUGCUAUUUAUGACAACCCCAACCUGAUCAAACCAAUCCCAGUGAAGCCCAGUGAAAAUCAGCACCAGCGAAUACCUCAACAAGGCAAGAGCCUGGAUUCUGAACCACAGCACUUGUCCCUUACAGCACUGUUUGGAAAACAAGAAAAACCUAGCCCAUACCAGGAUGUCUCAGAUCAGUCACAAAAACAGCACCAAGAGAAAUGUUCCAUGCGGCAGGGAGUAGUGCGCUCACUGUCCUAUGAGGAACCCAGCAGACAUUCACCCUCAGCAGAGAAGCAGCUUUGUCCAGCCAUUCAGAAACUUAUGGUACGGGGGACAGACCUUCACCCACUGGCUGAAUUUCCUGAGAACCGGAUGUGUGAAAAUGGCAGUGUCCAUUCUGUUGGGGAGGCUUUUACUGGACUCUUCCAACCUGUAACUUCUCAUGGUAUUGCUCCAUCUCAUCCAGUGCAGGAUACAGCAGGCACUCAGAGCUUGCUACACCAACUGCAGAGCCAGUCCGGAUCAUUGACCAAAAUGGACCCCAGUGCUACAGGACCUGUAAAUUCAACAGCUUCAGUCUUCAGCAGAACUCCUGCAGCUGCAGCAUCAACAACACAAAUAAAUAACAUGACCCAGCCACAUCUUGUAUAUUUCAAUGGCUGCCUUCCUACCCAGACUUUAGGGCCUCAAACCCUUGGUAAAGAACCACCCAAACUUCCUAGACAGCCACUCUCUCUCUCCAGCAACCAGCCAACUAGUUCUGGGGUGAUUUCACCCCAAGAGUUAUUGAAAAAACUUCAAAUAGUGCAACAGGAGCAACAGCUACAUGUAUCCAGCAGACCUACGUUGGCAGCUAAGUUUCCUGUGGUUAUGCAGAGCAGCAACACAUUGAAACUGGACUCCUGGAUAGACAAGGCACCGGGUGCAGAAAAGCAGAGCCCUCUCUUUCAGGUCAUUUCACCUCAGCGCAUUCCUGCGACAGUGACUCCUACGCUCUUGAUGUCUCCAAUGGUGUUCACUCAGUCCACGCCUGCUCCACCAAAAGCAAAUGAAAGUGGGCGGUUGCCACCCUCAAACCAAGAACCAGCUGCCAAUUCAGGUAGCCUUAUCCUGCCUAUGCAGAACCUGGAGCCAUCUCUGGUAAACAACAACCCAAUGACUAAGAUACAGCUGCAGGAAACACUUUUACACCUGAUCCAGAAUGAUGACAACUUCUUAAACACAAUCUAUGAAGCUUAUCUCUUCAGUGUGAGAAAGGCAGCAAUGAAAAAAUCUGUGUAAAUGAUAGUUUUUAAUUAAAUUUCUAUGACUUCCUGAACUCCAGGAGAAAAAAAAAUAAAAGUGAAAUGAAAUAAAUGGUCCUAGACACUUUACACACACUUAAAUAUUGCUUGUUGGCAAGUACGUGCUGUACUGAGAAACGAGUGGGUGGAAACUGAUUGUGCCUUCCUGGGGGGAGGGGGUUGGGUCACAGCACUAAAAACGUGAAAUCACAAAAUAUCUGAAAUUGUAUUUUUUUACAUGGGCCCAUUGCUAGAUUUCUUAUGUUUCUCCUAUAAAGACUCUGUUCUCAGAGUUCAGUCUCCUUUUUAUUUAUAGCUAUGGUUAUUCAUUGACUAGUUAUUUUACCUGAACCUUCUCUGACAGAGAUAUUGCAUCACUUAUACAACCCUGGGUUAGCAUGAAUGGUGCCCGGUCCAAGCCACAAGGUGGCAAUGUUGAACUGUUUUUAGACGCAUGAAAAUAUUGGUGAAAUUCAGGACUAGGGAGAUCUCUUGAAGCUGGGAUUGUUUCUGACUUGUCUUCAAGGAGUUUAAACUUGUGUGAAAGAAAUGUGAUGAUUUUCCCCCCAGAAAUCUUUGUAGAAAAACCUUUUAUUUUAAUUCCUGAACGUUUAUAGAAAGUUGUAGAAAUGGAAAUCUGAAGUUUUAAAAAUUUAUAGAGUAGCUUUAUUGUUAGUGACUGUUCUUGCUCUACAUGCAGAUGUGGGAUAGCCUUGGAUUCAGGUGUCUCUUCUUCCAAAAAAUCUACAUAAUUCUAAGCAAUAUAUAAACUUGUCAAGAGAGAAGCUAUUUAGUUCACAAGUGCUUUUCCAGCAUGUUCCAAGAGCAGGUGGAAAAAUGGUUUCAAUGAUCCAUUUAUAAAGAAAAUAAAAUGGAUUAUCCAUACUAUGCAGUGGAUUCAUCGUAUUACCACAUGAACUAAGUAGUACUGAAAGAACAAUUUUCAGUUGUUUAAGGUGAGAUUUUAAUGUACUCCUAGACUUGUACAAAAGUAAAGUAGAAUGCAUUGGCCUCAUGUUCCUUGUUAACACCUCAAUUAUGGUUUAAAUCAGUUGGAAUAAAUACCUAAAACAAAUGUGA